UUUACAUAAAUGUUUAUUUUUCAGAUGACAAUUUCAACAAUCAUUUUUGGAAUAAUUUUCUCUCAUAUAAAAUGUCUUUCCUCCACAACAUUUGGUCUGGACUCACGGUUGACCCAGUAUUCUGGAUUAGAACCUAGAUCAUAUCCAGGGGUUGAGUCUAGACCCGGAGUAAAGAUGGAACCUAGGCCCGGAGUAAGGAUUGAACCUAGAUAUCCUAGUUACACUGCUCAAACUACUAACCUUGUUCAAGUUAAGGUCCCCCGGUAUGUACUGGCAGGUCAAACAGUACAUUUGUACUGCAAUUUUUCCCUUCCAUCACACAAAGACUUUUAUUCUUUGAAGUGGUUUCAUGAAGAUGAAGAAGUAUAUCGACUAAUUCCAGGAGCUGUUAGGGAUCUACAAAGAAUGGUUUUUAAAUCUCAUCUCUUCAAUAUAGAUAUUUCAGGCUCUAAGAUGAUCGGUCCUGGCGAACAUCUGCUCGUAUUACAGUAUAUUAGUAGAACACAAGCUGGAGAAUACAAGUGUCAGGUGACUGAAGAUUCUCCUCCAUUUGCCUUUUCCGAGUCAUCUGGAAGAUUGAUGGUAGUUGUACUUCCUGAGAGACACCCUGUGAUAUCUGGAGUUAAAUCGUCUACCUAUCUUCCAGGAGACAGGAUUAGCAUUAAUUGCACGAGUAGGAGAAGUUUCCCAGCCCCCUCCCUUUACUGGUCUCUCAAUGGGAAAAUGGUUGAAAGAUGGAUGUUGAACUCCUAUAUAACAGAAGUGGAUCAGGACGGAUUAGAAUCCUCUACUCUAGGACUAAACUUCCUUGUUCUUCCAGAUCAUUUUAGAGGCCCAGACAGACAGCUAUUGGUUAGCUGUCAAGCUGUUAUGCCAUCUAUACAAGGAGAACAGAUACCUUUAGAGAGAACUCUCGUCCUUGGUAGACUGUUGCAAUCUGCCUGGAGCUACCAGGAGGGCUGGUCAACUAGCCCAGCUGCUCAAUUUACUAGACCAAGUUGGAGAUUAUCAAUCAUUCAAGUUCUCUCAGCAGUCAUCCAGCUUCAUAAAUACAUUUAUUAAUCCUUUAUAUUUAAAUACAGUCAUGUAUUAAUAUAUAUAAUGCAGACGACUUUCGAUUUUAUUUUUUAAUUUAUACCAAGCGUUCAAACAGUACUGUUAUAACACAAAUAUCAUGGAAACAAAGAGAAACUGUCAAUAAACAGUUUCUCAAGGUUUACUUGUAAUUUGAAAAAAAAGCUUGUUUGGAAUUAAAACUGAAAUGGUAAAGUCGUCUUCAUUAUAUUGAUAUAAACGUUGUACAUUGCAUAUUCCUGUUAAAUUAUCAAAACUUUAAAAAUUUAUCCUUUCACCAGACCUGAUACCUUUGCAAUUAUUCAUUUUUUUAUUCUUGGCAUUUUUUUCUACAUAUCAAUUAACUAUAGAUUUAUUGUUAAGACUAGGGUUCCAGUUCCAAUAAUGAUAAAGAACUUAAGAAAAAUGAUGUAGGAAAAUUUUAAAGAACAUUUUUUUCAUAAAGGUGUUCAAAACAAUUUCUUAUUUUAAAACGUGUUAAGAUUACACAAUUUAUAGGAACUGAGUCUUUGCCACAAACUCUGGUUUUCUCAGCCCUAUAUCUUUGCAACCCAAUGUCGUAGACCUUAGA